UCAGGCCUUCCAUGUUCUCAGCGAUGCUUCGCUGUUGCUUCCUUGCCUUUUGGUUGCCUUCAGUGCAUGCCAGCCUCCGCGGAAAACUCCACGCAGCCUCUCAUGCCGUAAGUGCAGAGCAGCUUCGGGAAACAGUCUUGCAAGAAGUCAUGGCAGCCCUGGGCAGCGGAAAUCGAGUGACUGAAGAACGGCUGAAAUCCAUCGAAGAUUCAGCCCGGUCAAGUUUUCAGGCAAUGCCCAAGAACGAGUACGGGAAAUUGGAUGAUGCAGCUGCUCGGUACAUGCUUCAUCGACUCUUUGUUCAACGCCAUGGUAUGUACAUCAAGGGCUUGGAAGCCAACGGAAUGGAUUGGCAGAAUGCAUCAACAUCGCAAGUUCUCCAAGAUCACGUGCCGUCCUUUGUCCUGUCCUUGUUUGAAGACCGGUUGAAGGGCCAAGGACUAGGCUUGCAUGAACUUACUGUUCUCGCAGCCACCCUUGAGCAUUUGAUCCAUGAUGAAGCAGUUUCUCGAUUGUCAGUCGUUUACCAAGCACACAAUGUGUCUGAGAAUGCUGGAGUCGAUGAAACCAUGCUACAAGAACUCAUUGACACAUACAUGACAAUCUUCUUGGUGGGAAGGGCAGAAGUCACUGCUUCUUCUGUGGCAUCAGAGCGUGCUGCAGUGGUAGAUUCCUACCCUGGCUGGUACGAGACCCAGAAGUUCACAAUGCAGGUGCGCUCCACUUUGGUUGCUACAAAGGCUGCUGACCCAAAGUUUGCCGCAGGCAACCUGAGCUUCCAUGCAGCUACUGCUGUCGUUGAAGCAAUCGGUGAACGAUAUGGCCGAUGGCAGGAUGCGGAGUGCAGGGAUUUGAAAAAGUCACUGACCCGGCUGGAGCAUGAUGGCACUGGCAGAGUGCUUUUGAAGGAUUUCUAUGGUUCAGCUUUGAAGGGCAACUGGCAAUUCUCUGAGAGCAUUGACUACUUGAGAGAGCUUGGUGCUUUGGAUGGGUCUGAUUCUGGGAAUCUUGCUGUGCUGAUCCCAAACUAUGUGAAAUCACAGUCGAACUGCGUUGCAUCCAGCAGCAUUUACUCGGUUUGUUGCAUCAACGAGUGUGAGUCUCUCAUGGGGCAGCUUGAGCGUGCAAUAGCAGCUCCAGAAGCCACUCCGGAAGAGGUCCUGGCCAUUGUGUCAAAGUUGGCCUCUGACACAGUCAAGGCCCCUCGAGUGCUUUCUGAAGAGUUGAAGCGCCGACUCCAGGAUGUUGCAAAAGAGAACAAUGGCAAAGUUCCCUUGCAUGGCCGCUUGUUUGCUCAGUGGUUGCACCAUGCGUACCCACGAGAAUGCCCAUUUCCACAUGUUACAGGAAAAACCAAUCCAAUGACAGCAGAUGAAUGGAUGCAGACUCGGCAUCAGAGCGUUUCUGCUUCCAAGUAUGA